GUUUACUUAUUGUGCAGAGAACGUCAGAAAACUCUUAAUAAAGCAAGCAUGUGGACUAAAGGUGUUUUCAAUUUCUUUCUAUACAUCCUUGCAAGUCAUGUACUCGGAGCUCUUUGGUACUUUUUUUGCCACUCAACGAGAGAUGGAUUGUUGGCAUUCUGUUUGCCAACGUCACAAGGGAUGUCAACCUAGUACCUUUAGUUGUAGUGAACGACGAAAUGGAUUGAGAACUAUCCCAUCGUUAGACAAAGAAUGUCCGAUAAACCCACCGGACGAAAGGAAAGGAAAGCACUUUAAUUUUGGUAUAUUUGCUGAUGCGCUUGACUACCGCCUAGUGCAGUCGACUGAUUUUCCUCAAAAAUUCUUGAACUGUUUCUCGUGGGGGCUGCGAAAUCUGAGCUCUCUUAGUCAAAACCUCCAAACAAGUACCUAUGCAUGGGAAAACCUCUUUGCCGUGUUUAUUUCCAUUGUAGGCAUGCUACUGUUUAUAUAUCUCAUCGGAAGUCUGCAGACAUAUUUGCAGUUUGCAACUGCAAGAUCAGAGAAGAUUAGACGGAAGAUGUUAACGAAAAAUUUAGAGGUUGAUUUGUGGCUAUCUAGAAAGGGACGGCCUAGCAAUUUGAGGUAGUGAUAAUGCAAUUCAUACAACAAAAACUUGAACAGAACAAUGAUGUUCAAGUUGAGAACAUCCUCUCUGUUCUUCCUUCAGCACAUAGUAAAUAUAUCAUGCGCUAUCUUCGGUUGGCUACACUCAAGAAAGUGCCAAUGCUUCAAACUAUGGGGGUAAGACUGCUGAAAGCAAUCUGUGAGCACCUCGAGCUGGUGGACUAUACUGUGGACAGUUGCAUUAUUCAAGAGGGAGAGCCACUCCAUAAGAUGAUUUUCAUCACACAUGGCACAGUACAUACCUACAGGACCAAUGGUAAAGGUGGAAAAAUUGGUUCCAGGUUUCUUGAGAAAGGGGACUUCUAUGGAUCAGAAGAGCUUCUCAAUUGGGUAUCAAAGUUUAGCUCUUCCCACGACUCACCAAUCUCGACCAGAAUGGUUAAGCCUGUCACGAAAGUUGAAGUCUUUGAGCUGAGCGCGGACGACUUGAAGAGUGUAGCCAUUAAGUACUGGUGGAAUUUCACCAAGAACAAGGAUCCAAAGGAAUUCGACCAGUCUCUGUUAGAGGAGUUUGCAGUAUCUUCCAUAGAAAAAGAAAUCCAUCGCCGCAGGCAACCGAAAA